AUGGCUUUACAAGUUCAUCGACCCAGGCUCACCGGAAAUGGCGUUACUCGAGAACGGAGAGCUAUUCCCUACCGGAAUCUCGGAGUCGGGGCCAUAAUGAAUGUCUUUCAAGUCACGAGUCUGGGUCAACCGAUGGAAGUUGUCAAGACACAUCUUGCAGCCAAUAGACACGAUACAUUAAAGGACGGCGUGCGAAAAACGUGGUUGCGUGGAGGUUUCACAGCGUUUUAUCAGGGAUUAAUUCCCUGGGCUUGGCUAGAAGCGUGCACUAAAGGAGCAAUCCUAGUAUUAACCUCUACGGAGAUUGAGCACCAUGCACGAAUGAAGCUCAAUGCUUCGCCCACCGUAUGUGGUGCCCUCGGUGGCAUCAGUGGAGGCUUUGCUCAAGCAUACUUGACAAUGGGCGUGACGACUUGCAUGAAGACUGUCGAAGUAACAAGAUCUAAGGAAGUAUCCAAGUCAGGCAAGAAACCUUCCAGUCCAAUGCGUGUAUUUGUUCAAAUCCUCCGAGAAAAGGGCAUCCAAGGUGUGUAUAAAGGUGUGAAUGCCGUGGCUCUCCGCCAGAUUACCGGAUGGUCCUCACGGAUUGGGAUUUCUCGAUUUGCCGAAGAGACCAUUCGGAGUAUCACGGGAAAGUCUAAACAGGAAAAGUUGCGGUUUGGAGAGAAAAUCUUCGCGUCGACUAUUGGUGGUGCGCUGAGUUGUUGGAACCAGCCAUUUGAGGUCCUCCGGGUGGAAAUGCAGUCCAUGAAAAAUGAUCCAACGCGCCCUGCAUACCCAACUAUUGUUUCGACUUUCACGCACGUUAUCAAAACAUCGGGCGUUAAGGGUCUUUUCCGAGGGGUUGCGCCUCGGAUUGGAGUGGCAGCAUGGGCCACUAUUUGUAUGGUAGGGUUUGGAGACACCGUGAAGGAGCUAUUGCCACAACCCGCUUGA